AGAGUUGAAUGAUUGAACUUUCUUUUUUAGUUUCUGCAGCAGUGAGGUUCCCCUAGUAGUCCAGCACCAGACCGGUGCAUAGGAGCUUAUCCAGGCGUCUCUUGCUCCUUAUACUCCCCUUGUUCCCCCUCCCCACACACAAAGCGAUGGUGUUAAAGGAUCCAGGCGUGUUUCUGACCCUUUUGCUAUGGAUUACGGUUUCCUGGGGCUGCCUGGCUACAGCUGCGGGGCUUGGUGCUGCCGCCCGCAAGCAGGACGAGACUCUUUCUGCUGUCAGUAUUUACAGAGCCAGAUGCACCUCCAGGUGCCUUAGCCUGCAGAUCACUCGAAUCUCAGCCUUCUUCAAGCAUUUCCAGAACAAUGGUUCCCUGGUAUGGUGCCAGACUCAUAAACAGUGUUCUAAGUGCUUGGAACCAUGCAAAGAAUCAUGGGAACUAAAGAAAAACCAAUGCCAAAGUUUUUGUGAGCCUCUUUUUCCCAAGAAGAACUAUGAAUGCCUAACAAGCUGUGAGUUCCUGAAAUACAUUCUGUCAGUGAAGCAAGGCGAUUGUCCAGCACCAGAGAAGGCCAGUGGUUUUGCAGCUGCCUGUGUGGAAAGUUGUGAGAUUGACAAUGAAUGCUCUGGGGUGAAGAAAUGUUGUUCAAAUGGAUGUGGACAUACCUGCCAAGUCCCCAAAAACCUAUACAAAGGUGUUCCUCUAAAGCCCAGGAAAGAGUUACGAUUUACAGAGCUUCAGUCUGGACAGCUGGAGAUUAAGUGGUCCUCAAAAUUUAAUAUUUCAAUCGAGCCUGUAAUCUAUGUGGUGCAGAGGAGAUGGAAUUAUGGAAUCCAUCCUAGUGAGGAUGAUGCUACAAAUUGGCAGACUAUGGCACAGACUACUGAUGAGAGAGUUCAACUGUCUGACAUAAGACCUAGCAGGUGGUACCAGUUCCGAGUGGCUGCUGUUAAUGUGCAUGGAACAAGAGGCUUCACAGCACCCAGUAAACACUUCCGCUCCUCUAAAGAUCCAUCUGCUCCACCGGCUCCAGCUAAUCUCAGAAUUGCCAACUCCACUACUAACAGUGAUGGAAGUGUGGCUGUAAGGAUUAUUUGGGAUGUGCCAGAAGAACCUGACAUUCCUGUGCAUCACUACAAAGUCUUUUGGAGUUGGACAGUCAGCAGCAAGUCAAUUGUGCCAUCUAAAAAGAAGAGAAGAAAGACAACUGAUGGGUCUCAAAAUUAUGUGAUCCUGGAGAGUCUUCAGCCAAAUAACAACUAUAUGGUGGAAAUACAGGCCAUAACUUACUGGGGACAAGUACGCCUAAAAAGUGCUAAAGUGUCUUUUUACUUCACUGCCGCACAAGCAAUAAGUAAUAAAGAUCAACUUGGGAAAACUAGAAAAGGAGUCACUGAAAUACUUCCCCCUUUUCAAAGAAGGAGACCCACUCGCCUUCUGGAAAUUGGAGCUCCUUUCUACCAGGAUAAUAUGCUUCAGGUCAAAGUCUAUUGGAAAAAGUCUGAAGAUGCCAGUGUGAAUCGAUAUCAUGUACAGUGGUUUGCAGAAUCAUGUGCCCAUAAUGAAACAAGUGGACCUGAGAAAGCAACUGGUUUGGCCCAUGAAAAUUAUAUAAUUCUUCAAGAUCUGGCCUUUUCAUGCAAAUAUAAAGUGACUGUCCAGCCAGCAAGACCCAAGGGUCGUUUGAAGGAAGAAAGUAUUUUCUUUACCACCCCACCUUGCUCUGCUCUGAAAGGGAAACACCACAAACAUAAUAGCUGUCCUGGUGAAGGAGGUCCAGUUCUUUCCAAAGUAUUAGCCAAGCCCGAGAAUCUGUCAGCGUCUUUCGUUGUUCAAGAAGUCAAUAUCACAGGACACUUUUCCUGGAAGAUGUCCAAGGCCAAUCUCUAUCAGCCUAUGACAGGAUUUCAAGUCACUUGGGCAGAAGUUACUACAGAGAGUAGACAAAAUAGCUUACCCAACAGCAUCAUUUCCCAAUCUCAGAUAUUGCCAGCAGACCAUUAUGUGCUGACUGUACCCAAUUUGAGACCAUCCACACUCUACAGAUUGGAAGUGCAAGUGCUUACUACUGGAGGGGAAGGGCCAGCUACAAUAAAAUCAUUCAGGACACCUGAUCUGCUGCCAUCUUCAACUCACAGACUCCAUCUUAAACAACAUCAUCCACAUCACUAUAAGCCUUCUCCAGAGAAAUACUAAAAUGAAAUGAUUUUUGAAGCGUGAAAGAGUAUUGAACUUCAGAAUAUUUGCAGGACAAUUGGUACUUUCCCAUCCUUAAAUUGCCUAGUUGAAGUUACAAUCACAUAUAAUUCAUUGAUAACUCUGCAUAGAUGUUUUCCCCAAUACAUGUGCCUGCAGUGCUGCAUGCCACAAGCAUUAUGACAGUAGUGUCUAUAUUCUGCCAACCGAGGAUGUAAAGCACCUGUGUCACUAUGAAGACUAUGCCUAUUGUAACUGAGAUUUUGUUUCCUAUACUUAUACUAAAUACAAAGGGUGCUACAUGUGUUUUUGAUGAUCUUUGGGAAAGGAUCUUUGGAGAAAAGUGAUUUUUUACAUAUGACUGGCCAGCGUAGAACAGCUUUGGGUGAUGAUGAUGUAAGUGAAUGUGGAAGGAAUAAAUGCACUAAAAAAAUAAGAGCAGUUAUAGAGAUCUUAGUCUGAAAAUACAUGAAUAGUUAUCAAUUGAAGACAUAUUAGGUGGGGAAAAUCAAUGUUUAACUAUUUUCCCCAAAUAAUAUAACAAGUGCUAUAGUUAGGCCACAUCUAUGUUAUCAGUUAAAGACACCACUGGGGAAUAAUUUGUAUGUACUUAUAGUGAAUAGGUACAUGAGAUGAGCAUUUGUAUGACAUUGAGGUAUCCUUACCAUUCCCACUGACCUCCUAAAAUACUUAAUAUUUAGAGUUAUAGUCUGCCCUACUUGAACAUCCCAGUUAAUGUAGUUUAAAGUCUAUUCUGUGGCCCACACCAAAUCCAGAUAAAUUCAUGUUAAUCAUGUAUUAUCUAUUAUUGUGAUGCCAACUUAUUUAGGUAGUAACCAAAAUAUCCAAGGAAUUGAUUGAUUUAGCCCCAAGAAUGUUCCCCAUUCCUUCUUUAGGGAAAUCAAUUAUUUUACUGUCUCCCAGUCAAGUAAUCAAAGCUUUACUUAUGUCUAGGAAUUUAAACUCCCCAAUUGUGUAAUAUUAUUUCUUCUCUCAUUCAUUCUUUAGUUAAGGAGGAAAACUGCUAUUUGCAUCCAUUUUCCUAAAAUGUUCGUAUAAUUGAAGACUUAUGUUACCUCAUUCUUAAAAUGAAGACAGUUCCAGUCCUAACUUUUUCUAAUGCUUCAUGCAGAAGCUUAUAUAGAUGGAUUUUUUUUUAAGCCAAGUACAAUGCUUUCAUUAACAGGAGAAAAAUAGUUAUACUGCAUUUGACUCAUCCUUAUGAACUCUACAAUUUUCUAUUCUUUUGAAUAAAUAAUUUUUCAUUUGAAUCAAUAAAAAUUUCCCUAUUUCCAAAUGGAAAAAGGUCAGUUAAUGACAUUAUCAGGAUAUUGGAUUGCUAUGGUUAUUAGAGAAAUAGGACUCAAGGAUUUUUUUUCAAGAGAUACAUACCAAAUAGACACAAAAUAAAUACAAAUAUGUACACACAUAUACAUGUGUGUAUGUAUGUAUACACACAUUCACACACAUAUGCAUGCCAUAUUGGACUUAGUUCUUUACUGGGAAAUGCUGGAGACAGAUCAUCCAUCUGGGAAAAAAAACCACAUAAUCCCAGGAAUCCUGCCAAAGACAAUGAGAAUUAAUGAGAGCAACUUAAUAAUUAAUUUCCCUCAAAGUUUUCUAUUGUUUAAGAAGAUAACUAUAAAUUUACUUUUUUUUUUAAUGCACAGCUUUCAUGUUGAAGUUUACUGGGGAAAAUGUAUUUUAAGAUUUUAGGAUGCACAUUCUCAUUCUUACCUCACAUGCAUAGUUAUCAAAUCUCAUUUAAUGAUUUUCUUACAGGUACAAAAAAUUGUGGGAACUGAUAUAGAACUUAGAAUUCAUGGAAUUUAUGUGCACACACACACAAAUAUAAGAUUAUUUAUCUACCCAUCUAUCUAUCUGUCUGUUUCUAUUUACCCAGUUGUUCUAUCUAGGUUUUAUUUUUAAGACUCUUUACAAGAUUAUCAAACCCAGAGAUUGAUUUUUAAAACAUUUUCCUUUUAUUGUGAACAAAUUGAAAACUCCUAAUGAAUAAACUCAGUAUAUCAUGUACAUAGCUUAAAAUGCAAGGUCCAAAUGAAAGUUUCUGUUGGUUUCACAGGCAGCUCUUAAUUUAGAUAAGCAUGUAUGUAAACCUUGGGAAAUACACCAGAUUUUAAAAUUUAAACCAUUUUGUUGAAGGAAACAAGAAACUCAUGUUAAAACACAUGGGGCAUAAGCAAACAUAAUACAGCGAUCUCCUUGGAAAACUAUGCUAAAUUCCAGCACUGAUGCCAACAACCAGAAUCAACAACAGCAAAAGUUUGAGAGAGGGGAAAGAAAAUGAACACACACACACACACACACACACACACGUUGUUUGAAGCUCAAGUUUAUCUUAUUCCUUUUUUUGUCAUAAAAUCAGUGCAAUCACUCUUUACAAUCUGUUUUAUUCAUGAAUGAUUGAAAUAAGGAGGUCAAAAGAUACUAAUGAGAAUAGAUGUGCAUGUAAAACUGAAUUAUUUUUCUUUAGUUUGAGCUAGCCAAAAUAUAAAGUAUUAUUUUAGAACUGUAGGUAGAAGCUGAGAUCCACAAAGUCAAUACCAUCAAUUCCAGAGUAAUAAGGAACUGCUUAUAUCAACAUCUGUUUCUUUUUUUAAUCUCCAUAACACAUCAUUCUAGUUUGGGUGGUGGGUUUUUAUGAAAAAAAUAUAGCCAAUUAUUGUCUAAAAGGCCAGUUGUUUUGCAUUUUCUUCACUUUCAGUAAGUUCACAUUGGCAAAGUACAAUUCUAAUUUCAUUUUUGUAGAGUUGAAAACUGUUCUUUAAAAGGAAACAAAUGUAUUGUUUCUGUGCUUAAUCAUGAAAUCUAUCCAGCAGAAAUUUAUAAGACGUAUUAAAAUUGGGCAGAUCUCACAUUUAAAGACAACAAUAUUGUGUUCAAUAAUGAUAGUCAGUGUUUAUGGGACUGAAAUAAAUCUUUUAGCUACUCAAAAACAAGGCACUGAAAAUAGAGAAAAGAUAAAUUAUGUACUGUAUACACUUUUCCCUGCUAGAAUGUACAUUCUUGGAUUUAUCCUAGACUAUCUCACUAAGAUUUUUUUUUCCAUCUGAAAAUUUUAACAUUCUUUUUGCAAAUGGUCUUGUGUUCUUUUGAAAGCACAUGUUACAAUUUUCAUACUAUUUAUGGGAGAAGAUCAUUUUUAUACUAGGUUAUUUUGGAAAUGUUUACGAAUCAGAGUUCAAACUAGAACAUAUUGUUGCUUCUUAUAAAGCUAAAGGAAAAAACACCAGGCCCUAUCCUGACAUCUUGAUUGAGUAAGAGAGAUUCUGCCCAUAUUAGGAUUGUGGGAGAAGGCCUGGGCAC